UAUGGUGUUAAGAUCUGAGCUGAGCGAGAGGAAGAAAGAAGAAAGAAAAGCUUGACGACAGUAAUCGUAAAAACUUUGCUAGCUUGACAGCUAGCAAGCGGAGUGGUUUGUAAUUGAUUGUGAAGUGAAAAUGGAGGCUUUGCGGUGUUUCGGCGAGUCCCAGCGUGUGGAGGAGUUUAAAGAUGACGGUUUGCAGACCGUGACUUCUGCAGAGCAGAGAAAAGUUGAACGCAGCAUUAAAGAGGUGCUCAGUGUUUACCAGCAAAUCCACACUUCACUCCAGCCAACAUUACUCCGAGACCAACACUACCAAUAUCUGAAGAAAGGUUUACGCCAUCUCUCGGACGCCUACGAAUGUUUGGAUGCCAGUCGUCCUUGGUUGUGUUACUGGAUCCUGCACAGUCUGGAACUUCUGGAGGAACCCGUGCCUGCUUUUGUGGCAUCAGACGUGUGCCAGUUCCUGGCACGGUGCCAGAGUCCGACUGGGGGUUUCGCUGGAGGGCCGGGGCAGCAUGCUCACCUGGCCCCUACCUACGCUGCUGUAAAUGCCCUCUGCAUCCUGGGCACGGAGGAGGCCUAUAGCGUCAUAAACCGAGAGAAGCUCUUGGACUUCCUGUUCUCGGUGAAACAGCCAGAUGGCUCCUUUGUGAUGCACGUGGGUGGGGAGGUGGACGUCAGGAGCGCGUACUGUGCGGCGUCCGUGGCCUCGCUCACCAAUAUCAUGACCCCAAAACUGUUUGAUGGAACACACAACUGGAUCCUCAGCUGUCAGAAUUGGGAAGGUGGUUUGGGAGGGAUGCCUGGUCUGGAGGCUCAUGGUGGCUACACCUUCUGUGGCAUGGCAGCUCUGGUCAUCCUGGGAAAGGAACACAUGCUGGAUCUCAAGGCCUUAUUACGCUGGGUCACCUGCAGGCAGAUGCGUUACGAGGGCGGAUUUCAGGGCCGCUGUAACAAACUGGUGGACGGCUGUUACUCGUUCUGGCAGGCUGGCCUGCUACCGCUGCUCCACAGAGCGCUCCUUAAAGACGGAGACGAGACGCUGAGUGUUAACAGUUGGAUGUUUGAGCAGCAAGCGCUACAGGAGUACAUCCUGCUCUGCUGCCAGAACCCUGGAGGAGGCCUGCUGGACAAACCGGGCAAGUCCCGGGACUUUUACCACACGUGCUACUGCUUGAGUGGUCUUUCGAUAGCACAGCACUUCGGCAACAAAGAUCUCCACAACGAGCUGGUCCUCGGCCAGGAUGAGAACAGACUGGCACCGACUCACCCUGUGUACAACAUCUGCCCUGAGAAAGUGGCCCAAGCCAUCCAGUAUUUCCACAAGCUGCCUGCACCAGCACCAAGAGGAGCUUCAGAGAGUGCACACCAUCACCUGUAGAGGGAGGGCUUUUAUUUAAUUUUCUUUGGGAGAGGUGUAUCUGGGCUGUAAAAAGGAACCUGAGGUGUAAACAACUACUUCUUAAAUUGCACCAGUAUGACUAAAACCUGAGGUAGAGGAGUCUUUGGUAUCUCUCCAUCAUUGCUGUGGUGAGAACCUGAGAACUUCUUGCUGUCCUUGUUUUAAGGUACUGUGAAAAAUAAAAGCUUCAGCAGUU